AUGACUGGCCAGAGUCCCGCUGGAUACAGCACGCCUGCUACUACGGCCACUACAACGCCGAAAAAUGAGCCAGAGUCGAGUACUAGAGCCUCGAGAAGAGUCAAUGCUACUGCUCGUGCUCUAGAGUUAAGAAACAGCUCUCUCGGCUUGAACAGCAGGAAGAGACCAGCCAACGCUGGCAACAGCAGGCUAAGUACGAUUGACGAUGAGAAGCUGGCUGCUGCACUCCAGGCUGAAGAGUACAAUGCCAGACCUACUGCGAAGAAACAGAAGACCGCCCGUGGCUCAAAAGGAAAGCCUGUCAUACCUGAUUCCGAGUCUGACGCUGAACCAGAACCAGAGUCAGAUUCAGAUUCAGAAGAGUGGUUCAGCACAAAUGAAGAGGCUAUCAAAAAUACUCCCAAAAAGUCAUCUAGGAGAACGCCCAAGGACUAUCGAGCAGUCUCACCCUCAGACUCCGACCUGAAUAGCGUGGGUAAACUCAUGUUCCUUUCAUUCCAAAGUCAGUGGGUUAUACUAACCUUCCUCCAGGCCCAGAAGGAACGGAUCAAGCUUGAAAGACAACAUCCCCAAAUUACAGAUAUGUGGGAGAGACUUGAGCAGAAGCCUAUCCUCUCACCCCCUCCUGCUGCUCAGCCAGAGGGCAUUAAUAGGAAAUUGAAGCCGUUCCAGCUCGAGGGGCUUAGCUGGAUGCUAGCCCAGGAGAAGUCGGAGUGGAAGGGAGGCUUGCUUGGAGACGAGAUGGGCAUGGGUAAAACUAUUCAGGCUGUCUCCCUGCUGAUGUCAGACUAUCCUGUUGGGAAGCCCUCGUUGGUCGUCGUUCCUCCUGUCGCUUUGAUGCAAUGGCAGGCCGAAAUAGAGUCCUAUACCGACGGCAAGCUGAAAGUGUUUGUCUAUCAUAACGCCAAUUCCAAGGUGAAGGACGUCAAAGCCAAAGAACUCAAGACUUACGACGUCAUCAUGGUAUCAUAUUCCGGUUUAGAAUCAAUGUACCGCAAGGAAACCAAGGGCUGGAAACGAGACGGCGGACUGGUUAAAGGCACCAGCAUGCUUCACUCACUUGACUUCCACCGCCUCAUUCUCGAUGAAGCCCAUAACAUCAAGCAGCGUACCACCAGUGUGGCCAAGGCCUGUUUCGCGCUAAAAUCAACAUACAAGUGGUGUCUGUCUGGAACCCCCGUGCAGAACCGAAUCGGCGAGUUCUUCUCUCUUCUUCGCUUCCUGGAAAUCAAACCGUUUGCAUGCUAUUUCUGCAAGACUUGCCCCUGCGAGGCUCUCCAUUGGACACAGGACGCACAAAAGAAGUGCACUCUUUGCAACCAUAAUGGAUUCAACCAUGUCUCUGUAUUCAACCAAGAGAUUCUCAACCCAAUUACUGAGCAUCGCGGCGACGAUGAAAAGCGCAAGGACGCCCUGAAGAAACUGCGCCUUCUCACUGACAGAAUCAUGCUUCGACGAGUAAAGAGAGACCAUACUUCGUCCAUGGAACUUCCCCCGAAGAGAAUCGAAAUUCAUCGCGAGUUCUUUGGAGAGAUAGAGCAAGAUUUCUCCCGUAGUAUCAUGACCAACACUACCCGCCAGUUCGACCGCUACGUCAGCCGGGGAGUCAUGCUCAACAACUAUGCCAACAUUUUCGGUCUAAUCAUGCAGAUGCGACAGGUAGCCAACCAUCCAGACCUAAUCCUCAAGAAACACGCAGAAGGCGGCCAGAACAUCCUGGUAUGCUGCAUCUGCGACGAGCCUGCCGAAGAACCCAUUCGCUCCCGAUGUAAACACGAAUUCUGUCGCCAGUGCGCAAAGGAGUACAUGGCCUCAGUCCAGUACGGCUCCGAACCAGACUGCCCACGCUGCCACUUGCCGCUAUCAAUCGACUUUGAACAGCCCGACAUCGAACAAGAUGAAGGCGGCGUCAAGAAGAACUCCAUCAUCAACCGCAUCAAGAUGGAGAACUGGACCUCUUCAACCAAGAUUGAGAUGCUGGUCUUUGACCUGUGCCAGCUACGAAACAGGAAACGCACCAACAAGUCCAUCGUCUUUUCGCAGUUCACCUCCAUGCUGCAGCUGGUCGAAUGGCGACUACACAGAGCAGGUAUCAGCACCGUCAUGCUAGACGGCAGCAUGUCGCCUGUCCAACGACAGCGAUCCAUCGACUAUUUCAUGAAAAACGUCGAUACGGAGGUAUUCCUCGUCUCUCUCAAGGCCGGUGGUGUAGCUCUCAACCUUACCGAAGCCUCACGGGUAUUCAUCGUCGAUCCAUGGUGGAACCCAGCUGCAGAAUGGCAAUCCGCCGACCGAUGCCAUCGAAUCGGCCAGCGACGCCCCUGCGUGAUCACCCGUCUGUGCAUCGAAGAUUCCGUCGAGUCUCGCAUGGUCCUGCUGCAGGAGAAAAAAGCCAACAUGAUCAACGGCACGAUUAACAAGGACCAAAGCGAGGCGCUGGAGAGGUUGACGCCAGAGGACAUGCAGUUCCUCUUCCGCGGAAACUAA